CUUCAGUUCAUACGUUUCAAGUAUAAAAGUUUGUUAUACCUCCAACGCUCCAACGCUGAAUUGCUCGGUAUUCAUAGAUUUUUGGUUCUUAAUGUCGAUUAAAUUUUAAACUGCUUCCUAAUUUUGAUACAAUCUGUAUAUACUUGGCACAUAUGUCCAUUAGAUGACAAACUAAUUUUUGAAAUGUAGUCGGAAUUUUCGUAAAUGCCUUACGAUGUUCAUAACGUAAAGAGGUCGGACUCUUCACCCCAAGUGGAAUUUCUAUCCGGUCUAGGAUCCGCAUUUGUAACCAUUACCACGACAUAUCCAAUUACUAAGUUAAUUUAUCGGCAGAUUUUGAUAAAUGAAAAUGUGGCAACCUCUUUGAGAAUAAUGAGAAACGAGGGUCCGAGACUGUUAUAUCGUGGGGCGCUGCCACCAAUGCUUCAAAGAUGUGUAGCUCUUUCAUCCAUGUUUGGAAUCUACCGGGCAGCUAGUAUCCCUUUAGAAACUCUACAUAUGAAUGAAUAUAUGGAGAAAGUGUCUGCAUGUGUUCUUUCGGGCACCUUUGAGGCAUUUUUCAUGCCCCUGGAAAGAAUACAACUGUUACUGGUAUCCUCACAAUUCAACAACAGAUUUAAAAACAUGCUACAUGUAGUGAAAGUUAUAGUAAACGAUUACAACUGGAGGGAGUUCUAUAGAGGAUAUAAUAUUAUAUUGUUUAGAAAUAUAACUUCAAACACAUUCUUUUUCCUGACCAAAGACGAGUUGAGUAAACGCAUUGAAUUGGAAGUUUCAUGACUUUGCUGUUUCAUCCCCUAAAAGUAAUCAAAGCGAACAUUCAUAAGCAGUUAGGCGGAAAAUUCAAAACAACAAAGGAAGUAGUUCAAGAAAUUUACGGAUCAAGUGGAGGAGGCAUAGCAAACUUCUAUAGAGGCGCAUUAAUGAGCUUUGCCAGAGCCCUGCUGUCUUGGGGAAUUACCAAUGCGUCUUAUGAAUACAUUAAGAAACAAAUUAGUUAAUAGUAAGCAUGUCCAAAUUAAAAUCUUUUUAAAUGGACCGAACCAAUUACAUUUUACUGAAGA